GAAAGCAGUGAGGGAGUGUGCUGCACACGAAUGUGCUCAGUGCUGCUAUCAGCACUAGAAGCUUGACAGGCGACCAGAGGGGGACACUGAUACUGAUAGAGGGGGUGAGAGACUCUCUUCCGACGUCGGUGCUGGAACGGAUGGGCGCGACAUUCGUCCACUAACCGGUAACGGUAUAUUCCACGGGGGCAAACACUACAGCUAUCCAAUGCUGGCGGAAUUUAGCUGACGGUAGUUGGACACGCAACAUUCACCGUCGGCACCAUGAUCCCUCGUAGUAUGCGAACAGGUGGGAUGGACCUGCCAGGGGUGGAGUCAAGGGAUGUACCCCUCAUUGGCUACCGGCCUUUAGCGUCUGACGAUGUUCGCCUCAGCAGCCAAUCAGGACAAGUGACUGAGAGUACUGGACUGGACUCCUCUGAGGGGGAGACUUCCCCCAUGAAGACAACUUGGUACUGUCCUCUGGAUUUGUCUACUGUGUUGGAGGAGAAAGAGGACGGAGUGAUAUACAAUGUAGUGGUGAAGCAACAGCAUGGCGCCCCCACCAGUGCAACAUCCGGCUCUCGUUCGCAGUGUGUGAAGGCGGGAACAGAGGAGAAGCUAGUUCAGCACCUCCUCCACUCCUUCGCCAUGGGAGACUCCUCCUUCAUCACCAUCUUCCUCUCCACCUAUCGCUCCUUUACAUCCACCAAGAGAGUGCUGGACAUCCUCAUCGACAGAUUGCAACAUCCACCAGGAGAAAGUACAAGGAGUCAGACUAGGCAACCCUUCAACAGAGCGGUGUGUAUGGUGUUCAGUAUGUGGCUGUCAGAGUAUCCUGAGGACUUCCGCUCUCUGGGAGAGCCUGGUCUUCUGCUGCGCCUGGCCCCCCUGCUGCCCUCCGACCCCUCUGGGACAGAGAUCAGGGGUCGCCUCCUCAGACUGGCAGAGGAGCUCAGUGAACAGGCACUACUGCCUGACUCUAGUUCAGGUCACUAUACACUCUGGGAUUAUGACAGUCAUGGCACUGCCAACCUGAGGUUAUAUGAGGAUUUUGUGGAUGGCAUAACCAUAGAUAUAUAUGGGCAGAACUCUCCUCCAAAUUGUUUCCAGGAGUUUUCUGUGAUGAUCUUCAGUGUUCUAUUCCCACUGUCUGCUGUCCACCAUCCAAAUCUGGUGGAACCUGCUUCUGUAACGACCACCCUGAUGUGUCUUUCCAUAAGCCUUUCUUUUGUAUCAGUUAAUAUAGACCUACAUUCAUUGGGAUUAGUGUUGCAUCCUCUCUGUCGUUUAGAUAGGACCAUUGCCAGCCCUCCUGCUGACCCCACUAAGUUUGAUCCCACCAAUAUCCUGGGCUUCCCUGCUGGGCUGAUUGCUGAGCAGCUCACCAAGAUAGAAACGGAGCUGUUUGUGCGUCUGGUCCCGUACCACUGCCUGGGCUCCCUGUGGUCUCAGAGAGACAAGAAGGGCCGCGAGGGUGUAUGUUGGUCCGUCCGGGCCACUGUACGCCAGUUCAACCGGCUGGCCAAUGCCGUGAUGGCUUCGUGCUUGUGGCCCACGCAGCUCCGCAGCCAGCAGAGAGCCUGCCUCCUGGAGAAAUGGAUCAGCGUGGCAGAGGAAUGCAGAGCCAGGAAAAACUUUUCGUCUCUCUACGCCAUCGUGUCUGCCCUGCAGAGUAACCCAGUACACAGACUAAGGAGGACGUGGCUAGAAACGGACAGGGACGCAGUGAGGAGAUACGAGGAGCUGUCCAACAUUUUCUCUGAGAAGGACAACUACUCCCAGAGCAGGGAGCUGCUGAAAGAGGAGGGCACUUCGAAGUUCGCCAACCUGGACGGAAAGAUGACCAACAGGAGACAGAUAGGAUCCAGUGCCCAGGGCACAGUACCCUACCUGGGGAUCUUCCUCACAGACCUCACCAUGCUGGACACGGCCGUCAAAGACAGACUAGAGAACGGCUACAUCAACUUUGACAAGAGGAGACGAGAGUUUGAGGUUUUAGCUCAGAUCCGACUACUGCAGUCUUCCUGUAAAAACUGUGUUUUCCUCACCGACGAGGCAUUCCUACAGUGGUACCAAAGUGUACCCUCGUUAAAUGAAGAAGAAAGUUACAGACUGUCCAAUGAAAUUGAGGUGCCGUGCGAACCGAGCUCUGGUCGUACCCAGAACCCUACAGUCAUCAUCACACGGUGCCCAAACCUGAAUUCCUCCAGGACCAGCCUUGUUGCUGACAGUGACGGUCUUUUUGACUUCCCCUCCCCCGUCUGUCACUUUCUUUCCAAAUUCACCAAGCAUAUGAAAUCCCCCUCAGUUUCCUGUCUGGAUGUUGACUCCUCCCCUCCCACCAAUGACCCCAUCCCGUCUGCAUUGACACCAUCCACUCCCAUUAAAUCACAUCGUCGAUCAGUCUCCUGUGGCAACAAUCCCACCAAUAACAACAAAGGGUCUGAGCCUGAUAUGCGGAUCGUCAGGAUACGGAUGGAUUUACAAGAUGGGAAUAUGUACAGAAGCAUACUGGUGACAAGCAAUGAUAAGACGCCCACUGUGAUCAGUUCUGCCUUAGAAAAACACAGUCAGGACCCCAAACAAGCAUCCAGAUAUGAGCUGAUCCAACUAUUGCCCGAGGGAAAAGAGUUGGUCAUCCCUGCCACAGGAAACGUCUUCUAUGCCAUGACUUCCUCUAGUGUGGACUUCCUGCUGCGCAGACAAGGAGGAAACACCCCUUUUCGCUCUCAACCAAUCAGCACAGAAACUAGUGCCACCUUUCCUCGAAUCAAAGCCAAGGGGCGGAGACAGCUCUUUCCCAAAUAGGCUAUAUCUGAGACAUAAUUUGGCUAGUGCUUCUCAAGGACAGGACACGAUAAGAAUGCAGGCAUAUAUCUCAGUGAGAUGUGGCCUUGUCUUUCCUAAUCUUUUUUCGAAGUGGAAACACAUUCUGACCGAGCUUGUUCUAGCAAAAUGUAUCCUGAAACCUGUCUGAACUUGUUUGAUGAAUGUAUUCUUAUCUGCCUGUUUGUGUACACCAGGAAAGUCCAUCAGUGUAGAAGGGUGCAUGUCUCUCUCGUUGGCAAUGCAUACUACUGGAAAUAUACACCUAGAACAAGACCAAUGCAAAUCUUUAACAGAUGGUGAAUGGUGGUGAAUGUUUUUUAAGUCUCUUUGACCAUUGGCAUCUCAUUUCCUAUUUAACCAAAUGGAAUAGCCUUGUAACCAAGAGCAACUGAGGAAUCCAAAUCAUCUUGAGUAUUUGAGGAAUGUGCUUCAGGUGCCAUCCUAGAAAUGAGUUGGUAGUAGAGAACUUCAUUAAAUCAGAGUUUGGGUGAUAUGACCCUAUUUGAAUUGACCAUGACCACAACAAAGUUUUACAUUUCUCCAUAGAGAGUGGAUAGAAUCAGGAAUAUGAAUGAUGGGGAGAGCACUGACAGACAGAGUCACUGAAACCUCUCAUUAUAGCAAAGCACAGGGGCUCAUCAAAAUGUUUUAACUAUGUACUUUGUAUGUAUGCAUAUGUUUUUUUAAUGUAUGGACGAUGUCAUGAUUGUGUUUACAUUCCCAAGGAGCUAUCAACAAGUGUCAGAAUGACAUGUUAUUCAUUGUGAAGUGACAUGAAAUGUAUGAAAUUGCCUCAAACUGCAACCAUUUCAAAUGGGUCAAGUCGUGUCAAAGAUAUACAUGAUCAUUUCGCUUGGGCUUUCUGCAUACAUAUUGAAUGAUAGUUCUGGUAGUAUCUUGUGUAAAAUACAACACAUUUACAUAUACAGCCUUGCCACUCCCACACAGAAUAUAGUCAUAUUAUGAGUACUAACCAUUAGGCAUAACAGCAUCAAACCACAAACUCUAUCCUAAACAAUUCAUGUGAAGACACUAAUGAAAGUCCAGACUAGGUUGUGCGUAUUGAAAAGAUGUCUACCAUCGCACCUUAAUGCUAUACUUUUCUAAUACAGCAUAAGCUCAUCUUUAUCAAUGGUCUCUGAAUGGGUAUAGUUGGUAGUUGAAGUGGAAGUCUGUCUGAAGUGGACUUCAACCAGUGCACCCAAAGUCAGUCCUCAAAGACCCAUGCGAGGUUAGUGAGGGAUUCUCACCAAUCCCUGAAUGAUGUUUAAUUGAUAUUUUCUCUGACGUUUGAUAGAGAUCUGACAGCUAUUAAGGUUUCAUUAUGCAAUGUCUUUAGUCCAGGAACUGAAUGUAGCGGGUUUUGCAGAAGGCUCUGCUUCUAUCCCAUGAGGAUGAGACCAGUAGGAAGGAAAACCUGCACGCAUAAGGGCGCAUGGGGGACACGUUGUCGGAGGCCCUAACUGGUGAACUCUUGUGAACUCUGGCCAGUGCUGUUGAAGUCUCUACUAAAGGCUGAAGCAUAGAUACGGUAGUUCCAGGGAGAGGAGAGAGGAUUCUGGGUAACGUAAUUUGAUGAAGUGUUAGCGCCAGGCUAAGCUACUGAUUGUUUAGUGCCUUUCUCUCAUUGGUGCUUGAACCACUUAAAGUGUCCCAAAUGUCACCCUAUUCCGUAUAUAGUGUAUUACUUUUCACCAGAGCCCUAUGGGACCUGGUCAAAAGUAGUGGGCUUAAUAGGGUGCUAUUUGACAUGAAGCCUCUGCACUUCACAUGCAUUGGAAUGUAAUAGUACAUAUGAUGUACAUUCACAGUGCUGUAUAAGCUGGCAUGUUUAUGCACUACAUAUGCCCUGUUGUUUUUGUGCGAUGCAUUUCCUUUUUCUAUGCAUUUUGACGUGACAGUAAUAUGAGGAAUUUCUAUGCAAUUCCCCGGAUGUGUGCUGUAAUUCUGCUGUGUCAUUUCUUAUCAAAUAAAUGUACAAAGAUGUACAUAUAAAAUA